AUGGCUGCCAGGAAGGUGGCCUUGCUCACCUUCCUGGCAGCUGCCUGCUGCGCGGUCCAUGCACCCUCCACCGCCGCAUGGUCGACAGCGAUUUCUCACAAGCACUCUCCGGGCUCCACCGGGCCGGCCGCUGCGCACCCGCCUGGCAUGCACAUAGUGAUCGCUGUGCACCAGGAGGAUGUGAACGAGGUGGAGCAGUACGUGGAAAAGCUGCUGGGCAUCCGCUCGGUAGCUGCCACGCACCCGCGCAUCUUCAUAUACUGCAAGGGCACGCCGGUCUUUGUCGCGCAAGCCCGGGACCGCGGAUUUGCGCACGAGGUUAUAGAGCUGCCGAAUGUGGGGCGAGAACAGGAGACUUACCUGUGGCACAUUGUGGCGCACUACGAUCGCCUGCCGGAGCAUGUGUUCUUCUCACAGGCGCUGGCGAAUUAUGAGGAGCUGCUGCUGGGCCGGUUGCAGACUCUGUUUAGCCCGCGCACCGGCGCGCUAGGACUGGGCCUUGUGGCGAUUUGCACUUGUGAGGGUUACAGCGAUCUCUGGGCGGGGCACGGCCCUGGCGGCUUCAUCCGGCUUCGGGAGGUGUGGGCGCUGGCUCAGGGGACGCUGUGUCCACACGAGUUUGCCUGCUUCCACAACGGCUUCCUCGUAGCUUCACGCGCGCGCCUGCACCUGCAGCCCAGGAAGCUGUACGAGUACCUGCUCGGUCUGUUUGCCACUCCGGCCAAUCACCCACUGCGCGCCAAUGAAGAGCUGUACAAGCAUGUCAAGUCCAAUCUGCCGGAUGAGUGGCCCACGUGGGGGCAUGUCAUGGAGCGAAGCUGGAAUGCUCUGCUCAACUGCACUGAUGUGGAGGUUGCGUACGGCUGCAACACACCCUGUGAGUCGGAAGAUUGCAGUCAGCUUGAACGCUGCCAGUGCUUGGAUGACGGCACGCCCCAUGCCGGCGUGGCCCCCAUCUAG